UGUGGCGGGUGGAUUGGCGGGCGGCGAUGGUGGGUUACGACCCCCGGGCCGAGUCGGUGCCGGCGGCCGCCGCGGCACUGGCGGGCUCCGCCUCGGGGCUGGUCACGCGGGCGAUCAUCAGCCCCCUGGACGUCAUCAAGAUCCGCUUCCAGCUUCAGAUUGAGCAGCUCUCCUCCAGCCACCCGCUGGCUAAAUACCACGGCAUCGCGCAAGCCGUGCGCCGGAUCUCCCGGGAGGAAGGCUGGGCAGCCUUCUGGAAGGGGCAUGUCCCUGCUCAGCUCCUCUCCAUCAGCUACGGGGCAGUUCAGUUUGUGGCCUUUGAAUGCCUGACGGAGCUGGUGCACACUGCCACGCCGUACAAUGCCCGUGACUUCUCCGUGCACUUCGUGUGUGGUGGCCUGUCCGCCUGCGCUGCCACCAUGACGGUCCAGCCGCUGGACACACUACGCACCCGCUUCGCUGCUCAGGGCGAGCCUAAGGUUUACAGGAACCUUCGUCAUGCUGUGCAGACCAUGUACAAAACCGAGGGGCCGCUGACCUUUUACAGAGGAUUGACGCCCACUGUCAUAGCUGUGUUCCCGUAUGCUGGUCUCCAGUUCUCCUCCUACAAUAUCCUGCAGCAGAUAUAUGAAUGGGUGAUACCAGCUGAAGAAAAGAAAGCAGGUAACCUUAGAAAUCUUGUGUGUGGCAGUUGUGCUGGAGUCAUGAGCAAAACCCUCACUUACCCUUUUGACCUAUUCAAAAAGCGACUACAGGUGGGAGGGUUUGAGCAGGCACGGGCAGCCUUUGGACAGGUGCGGACUUAUAGGGGUUUCAUGGACUGUGCUGCGCAGAUUGUGCAAGAGGAGGGACCCAGUGGAUUCUUCAAGGGUUUGUCCCCCAGCUUGCUGAAGGCUGCUGUUUCUACUGGCUUCACCUUCUUCUGGUAUGAGCUCUUCUUGAACCUGUUCUGUGCCCUGAAGGACCCUGAGGCAGGGGGGCUGAAGGGGACAUGACUUACCUGCCGUGGUUGCUUGGUGGAGGAGCAAGACUAGUGGUGUCACAUGGAAUAUGGGGGGGCGGGGGGGCAGGCCCCCCCUGCCAAAGCUCUGAACGCACAUCUCAUACCUCUGGAGGAAAAUGGUGCUUGGCUCUAACCAAAGGACUGCAGGUGACCACGGCCUGUCAUGGACAAUCAGUCUGGUUGCUUGAAGUUGUUACACUCGACACUUUUUGCGUGCCUCCCAUGGCAUUGGCACUUACCUUGGGAGAAAAAGAAAUGGCAUUACUACCUAUGGCAUUCUCUGAAGAGGGAUUGGAUGAAGUGGGUGAAAUCCCAGCAGUGAUUACAGAGACCUGCCUUGCUUAGCUUGUGCUGCUUAACCAGUGUCAACGAGAUCUUCAGCUCCCAGCUUGAGGGUCUAUCACUUGACUUAUAUUCCCUCUCUCUGCUGUACAGGUAGCAAAGCUUGUGUGAAGAUGUGCACUCUCUCUACGAUCUGCAGUCAUCCUCUGUCCCUUCUGUUUGCCACCCUCUCCUCCUAUCCACUGAUACUUGCUUGCUUCACAUCUUCAGCCACCUCACACACUGUGUUUGUGCCUACCUAGACCAGCUCUUCUUGGAAUUGGUCAGCUUUAUUGUUUUUUCUGAGCCUCCCUUACUCUGCCUGCAUGUUCUAGGCAUCAUUAGGGUUUUCUUUUGCCAUUGUAACAUUUUCAUAGACAGGCGAGCAGCUCUAACUCUUGCUGCUCUCGGGAGGGAAUCUCCACCCACAUUCCCAUUUUAGCUUCUCACGGGGCUGUGCUUUGGUAUUGGACUGCAGCGAUGAAACAGUCCUGCAGAGAUUUUUCAGACCCAGAGUUUCACUUACUUUAAAAUGAAGGAAAGUCCUGUGGAUGUUCUUAUAUAUAGACAUACAUGCAUACAUGCUUAUAUAUAGAGAGAGAUACACGUGCGCACACAUGCACAUGUACAAAUAUGAUUUAUUGCUUGCUCUGUAUUUUUAGACAAUGUUUUUGUGGAGCCAACAAACACAUUUUUGGCCCACUUGCAAGCACAGCUUUAGCCUAAGUUACUUUGCAGUGCUGCUUAGAUAAGGCAACUAUUCUGGCAAGAUGAGGCUCAUUUGAGGCUGAAUGAACGGGCUUGUCAGUGUCAGAUCAAGUUAAAUCAGUGUGUG